AUGGGGCGUCAAGGACACAAAGGCCGCGAGGCGAGCAUACAUGCCGCGCUCGACGACUUCGUCACGAAGCUCAAGCGCAAGCGGCUCGGGGGCAGCUCGCUGGCGCUGGCGAGGCACACCACCGAGGUGCUGAUCCACGCCGUGGCGGCGCAGCAGGCGCCCACGGCGGAGGGGAUCAUCGAGGGCGUGAGGGCCGUGAGCAAGAAACUGGUAGAGGCCAGGCCGCUUGAGCUGGUCGUGGGCAACAUGUGCAGGAGGGUCCUGCACAUCAUUCGCGAGGAGGCGGCUGGCGACGGGGGGAAGGCUAGCAACGCCGCGAGCGACGCUAACGACGCCAGCGACGGCAGCGACGACGAGGACAACUCCGUCCGCGGCGGAGCCAUGAAGGCGUUCAAAGCCGAAGUCAUCGAGGUCAUCGGCGAGCUCAUCGACGAGCUGGAAUCCGUCAACGCGCACAUCGUCCAGCAGGCCCUCGAGCACGUCUCGCCGUCCUCCGUCGUGCUCACCAGCGGUGGCAGCGACAUCGUCGAGGCCUUCCUCCGGGAGGCCAACAGGAAGCGCAAGUUUCAGUGCAUCGUCGCGGAGGGGGCGCCCGCGCUCGCCGGCCAUCAGAUGGCGCGAGCCCUCGCCGAGAGGGGGGUGGAGACGACGGCGGUGGCGGACGCGUCGGUGUUCGCGAUGAUGUCCCGCACCAACCUGGUGGUGCUGAGCGCGUGCGGUGUUUUCGCUAACGGGGGUAUCCUGGCCCCAGCGGGUCACCACACGGUGGCGCUGGCGGCCAAGUCGCACAGCGUCCCCGUGGUUUUCCUCGCGGGCCUUCACGAGCUGUCGCCCAUCGGCCCCGGCGACGACGCGUUCCACGCCAACGACCUGCGUUCCCCAGCGGACGUCAUCGACUACACCGCGCUGGCGGAUUGCGGAAUCGGUCGGAAUGGGUCAGGUAUCGACAGGCGCUCAGGGGCCCAGGCGGAAGGGGACGUCGCACAGCUGUGCGUCGCAAACCCCGCGUACGAUUACGUCCCGCCCGAGCUCGUCACCCUGGUGCUCACCGACGUCGGCGGCGCGGUGCCCGCGUUCGUGAAGCAGCUGCUCGGGGAGAUUUACGAUCCCGCGGACCGGACGUUCUGAUGUGCGAUCCGCCGCCGCGUGUGUGCGCGCGUAGAUGUAGCUCGAUUGUAACGGAAGACGGCGUCGUCGGUC